AUGACCCGAAAUGUUGUUGUCCUUAAUUAGUUGUCAUUCAUGUGACGCGUCAAUCUAACCCGUUUUUCUUUUUGUUGCUUUCCUUUCGCCGCCGAAUAUUAAUCAUCAUUUGUGAUCAACUUUUUGAAAACUUCUUAAUCAGGUAAUUUCUACAAAAAAAUUUUUUUAUACUUCAAUGGCCAGACAUAAGAUUAAAAAUCCAGUCUCACAACAGACACCUUCAUCAUCAUCUUCAUCUUCAUCAUCAACGGCGACGAUGACGAAUAAUUUGGAUGAUACGAUUGUUGGUAUUCCAACUGUUCAAUUUCUUAAUCACAAAACAAAUCACGGUGAUGUUAAUGAAACAUCAGCAGCUAAUAAUUUAUCAUCGAAUGAUGUAAUUAAUGUUUCUUCAUCGCAAUUAUCGAAAUCAAAUGAUUUGGUUGUCAAUGAUGAAAAUAUUAUCAAUGAAGAUAGUAAUAAUAAAUUUAGCCAUAAUAAUAGUCAUAUUAGUAGUAUUAGUAAUAAUUUACAUCAAGAAACUUCAACAUUAGCAUCACCAACAACAUCGUGUAAUAAAUCAUCAUCACCUUUAUCAUUAUUAUCAACAACAUUAUUUUCAUCAACAUCAUCAUCAUCAUGGAGAAUAUCCAAACAAAUUUCAUUGAUUUUUUUAUCAAGUACAACAAUAUUAUCACGUGCCAAACAAUAUCUAUCAUCAUUACGACCCGGUACAUUUUUUACAUCAUUAAUACCUGUAUUAAUGGGCACAAUAUUGGCAUCGAAAACAAGUGGUGGACAAUUUUCUUGGAUCAUACUAUUGGCCACAUUAUUGACUGUAUUAUCUGUACAUGCAGCCGGUAAUCUUGUUAAUACUUAUUGCGAUUUUGUUCGUGGUAUAGAUUCGAAACGUCAAUCAGAUGAUCGUACACUUGUUGAUUCAAUAUUAACACCCGAAGAAGUUGUUAAUCUUGGUGUACUUUUUUAUUUUAUUGGUUGUAUCGGAUUUUUGGUCGUUGCUAUACAAUCACCUGCACGAAUGGAAUUACUUGCAUUCAUUUAUUUUGGUGGCUUAUCAAGCUCAUUCCUUUAUACGGGCGGUAUCGGUCUUAAAUAUAUUGCAUUGGGAGAUAUUAUAAUUAUGAUUACAUUCGGUCCAGUUUCUGUUUUAUAUUCAUUCAUAGCUCAAACAGGAACAAUUCGUCUAGUAACAUUAUUAUAUGCAAUACCAUUGGCAUUGAAUACGGAAGCGAUAUUACAUUCAAAUAAUACCAGAGAUAUUGAUGUUGAUCGUCGUGCCGGUUGUGUAACGAUAGCCAUGUUAAUCGGUUAUCGUUUAUCACAUGUACUAUUUGCUUUACUUUUAUUCAUACCAUACAUAUUGUUUGUUGUCGGUGCAUUGAAUUAUUCAUUAUGGUUUCUAUUACCAUUAAUUACAUUACCAAAAGCAUUCGAACUUGAACGUCGUUUUCGUUAUAAACAAUUGAAAUCAAUACCCAGACAGAUGGCACGUUUGAAUUUUUAUUUUGGAAUGUUUUAUCUGUUUGCUUGUUUUAUGUCACCAGCACAUAAAUUACCCGGAUUAUUACCUCGAUUAUAAAUAUAUUCUGAUGUAGUAGUUAUACUUAUCCUGAAUCCCAAGAAGUGAAAUGUAUUCCAUGAUUUUUGUUUUGGAAAAUA